AUGAUAAGCUUAAUUAGAACGACAUUUCCAGUUAGAAAAUAUGUUGGAAUGCCAAUCUUCGUGAGAAAUCUUAGCAGAACUAAAAUGUUGUGUCGAGAGGAAGAACCAAUUCAUAUAAAGAAUACAAACAUAUAUAAAGACAUCCUGAUGAAAGAGGGUGACUUCACUGAACAACAAUCUCGCAUAAUCGUACAUACUAUUACAGAAUCGAUAAGGAGUGGUGUUUCCCAUGUGGCAAAAGAUCUUGCCAAACGUGAAAGGUUACUACAAUUAACAUAUCAACAAAGGGUAGAUUUUGCCAAAUUACGAGAUCAGUUAUUGAGUUCUGACAGAAAUGAAUUUUAUAAUAUUCAAAAUGAAUAUGAACGUAUGAAAAAUGACUUAGAGAAAUUGAAAAGUCGAUUAAAAGAAGAUAUAUCUAAGAGUAACGCUGGGUUUAAACUUGAUCUUUCUUUGGAAAAAGGACGAAUCAAAGAGGAAAGUUCACACCAUGAUUUGCAAAUCAAGGAAAUCGAUACUAGAAUAGAUCAAGAAGUAUCUAACAUGAAGAUGCAAAUUGAUUCGGUUAAGACACAAGUUAUGCAAUGGUUAAUUGGUGUAUGUACAGGUACAUGUGCAUUGGUGUUAGCAUAUAUAAGACUCUUAUCAUAA